AUUUGAUACCCCGUUGGAAUGGGAAAGGAGGAGCUGCUAGAUGCGCUUGCUGGGCUGCCGGCCGCGGCGUCUAUAGAGGACCUACGCGCUCAAUUCGCAGUAGUGCAUGAAGGUGAAUUGCUGCUCGAUGUUUCUACACCAGAAAUGUGUCUAAAUUCGACGUAUUGACUGCGUUAUGCAGCUCUAAGUGACAUCCAACGUAAGCGCUGGAAGUUCCUGGAAGAUGCUUGCUCGGUCGUGCUGCGCCAAGUCUUCAGUCUGGUCUCUAAUGACGAGAUAGAUGGUAUGAGCGAUGUAGACAGUCGAGAAUUUACAAUCUCGACACAGGAAGGGGUCGAUUUGUGCCUCCAAUUCAUCGAACCAUUGAUACACUCGACGGUGUUAGUUGCUGACGCUUUGGACGACGAGCAAGAGGCUGUUAGUCAGCGUGGAGUGGUCAUUGCAGCUCUCUUGUACCUAUUUGCAAAGGUUUCGAAAGAUAGCGAGAUAAAGUCACGCCUUGUGGCCAAAGUGUUGUUGUGUGGGGUGGAGAUCCACGUGAUCCUGGCUACACUUCGCUUCCGUGAAGAGCUGAUCGAGUGCCGACGAGCGCUCCUACCAUCGUACGAGAGUGACUCGGAAGCAGAGUCGGAGUUGGACUCGGAUGAUGAUGAGGGAUUGUCAGAACAUACUGGGGAAUUUGAGAGCGAGGAUACUCAGUGGAUAACCGAACAAGUGGCCAAGGCGUGGGGAUUAACGAAGUAUCGAUACUUCCUACAGACGUCGGGGCAGGAGUACAGCUUUACUGCCUGGUCCUACCGCGGAAUUGGGAAUCUUGUGCACGCGAUGAUUACAGAUGAGCAGCAUGGGGUUAAUGUGAUGCCUGCGGCUGUGUCGCCGUUCUCGUGGCUGUUCCAUAUUGCUGCCUAUGCGCACUACAUGAUCCACUCAAAAGAUCAUCAGGAACGCCUUUGUGGUCUCGAAGUGCUGCGAGUUAUCUGUGAUGUUUGCCCGAAUGACAAACUUACGCUCGAUGCUGAGCGGGGACGUGACGAGAACAAUGACACUUCUCUGUCAUUCCGGCAACAAGCUGCAUCUUUUCGCAAACGAGAUUGGAUGUCUCCAUUGAUUCAGGUCAUCACAAACGCAAUGGUUGCAUUUCCUGAGGUCAACGAUAGGUCGUCAACUCUAGCUGUUCUGAAAGAACUGGUGUCCAAGAUUGCAGUCACUGAUCGAUUUUGGAUUCUCCGAGAUCUGAUCAUUAAGUGCCCGUAUGGAAAUGUUGCAGCCGUGCUGGUAGAUUUUGUUCGCAACGAUGCAGUUCAGUCCUGGUCUUCGUCUGAGACGAAUUCACAAUCACGUACGUAUCCAGCACAAACGACCUCAACAAACGGACUAAAUUUUCCCACUCUCUCUCUCUCUCUCUCUCUCUCUCUCUCUCUUUUUUGUCUAAAUAGCUUUCAAGACAACAGAAAUCUGCUUGCUGCUUCAAGAUACACUGACCAAAUCUGCAGAACGCGACCUUGUGUUGCAUGCUGAUCUAGUUGCAAGUUGUUUGAGUCUCGUUCGGUUUCUAUACAUCCGCGACAAGGACAACACAACAGGCAUCCAAACAAAAACUACCAAUCACGGUAUCAGGGAUGUGUUGACGCGAAUCAGCAAGCGCCUUCAGCUGAAAAUCGAAGAAUCGACAUCAGGACGGAGUAACGCAGAUUCCCAAUCCGUUGAGAAUGACUUCACACACCUCAUGAUCUUAGAAGCAUCUCUCAGCUCGACGCUGGAGCUUUGCAACUAAAAUCUUACCAUCCUUAGGUUUUACCUAAUGGAUCGAUAACAGAUUUAGCAUGUCGAAGCAGAGGAGAGAGAUUGGGACGCUUGGCGCGUUCGAAUGGUGAGCUCUGGUGGGUUAUUGAAUUGUCAAGUUGCAGUGAAGUUUUCGGGCUGGAAAUCAGAAGUGAACCAAGCAAUUCGAUCACUUUUUGCUGUAGGGAUUGAUCUCGUACCAGCACUUGAAGCAAAUCGUUUGUCUGUUUUCAGGUAACGAGAUCAAAACGUUGCUACACCAAACAGCUGGAAAAUGGACGUGUGGUCAUCAGCAAUGGCUUUGGCACGUACAACUCGAGCUGCGAUAAAUUGCCGCAUGGCCUCAGUGUCUCCAGAAACUUGAAAUUCUAGGAGUAAAUGCAAGAAAUUGUGAUAUGUGCUUGUUGUGGCCGGAUCUUCAGUGUCUGUCAAGAAUGCAGCUUUGAACAGUAACUCGCAAGCAGAUAUUGAGAUAUUCUGAAGGGGAAGCCCGAGUACGUCUGACUCAAGUCUGGAUUGCACUUGCAUCAACGCGCUGCUUGCCUCUGCUUCAGCGUUUUGAUCGGUUUUUUCAGGCGAUUUCAAGUCCUUUUUAGCUGUUUUCGGGUCAAGAGAAGGCAAUUCUUCUCGCUUACGUCCCCCAGUUUUGAGAAAGCGCUCAAAGUCAGCACUGACACGAACUUCUCGUACGAUAUUGCGUCUGCUAACAUGACUGCUCUGCGCUUGGAUCGCUUGGAUAACACAGUAGAUGCUUUUCGCGAGAGGACGUGGGAUAUUCCAGGAUAUUAACUCGCCAACACCUCGCACGUUGUACAGAAUAUCGUACGCAGUGUAGCAUCGAUUCUCGAGCAGGAUGUUGAGAAAUGGCUUCACAGCUUCCAUAGUUUGUUGCUCUGUCCUUAUCUGCUCCCACAAGAGAGUGCAUGAUGAUUUAAGCUUAACACAAAAAUAACAGCCGUACCUUUACUAAUGGAG